UCGUUGACAAGUGUAGAGAGAGGUGGGACUCUGACAGAAAGCAAAGUAAAAUUCAAUAAACAUUCAAAACUCUUAUUUCUACCAACAAUCUUGAAAAACCUUAGCCAGAUUUGAACAUCGAAGAACACAGAAAGAAAGAAAGAGAGAGGUGGAGAAAAAUGUACGUGGAUCACGCCUUCUCGAUUUCUGAUGAGGACACAAUGAUGGAAACUGCGUUCACGGAGAGCAACACCACCAAGCAACCGAUCAAAGAUAUCGCUCUCGCCGUUUCUCUUAUCGGCUUUGGAUUCGUCGGCAUCAUCAUCGGCUCUCUCAUGUCCUACAAUCACGUCGGCGGCGACACCGCUCACGGUAUGUUCUUUACGAUACUGGGAUUAAUUUUGUUGAUUCUGGGUUUGUACCAUAUGCGGAUUGCAUAUUACGCUUACCAAGGAUACAAAGGCUUCUCUCUCACAAAUGUACAUCCUGUAUAGUUAGUUAUUUUAGCUCCAUCACCUCAACUAACUACCUUAUAUGUAUAGAUCUUCCAUGUUUGUACCUUCUUUUUGUCUCUUUGUUUUCUAUUUUUCUUUUGGUUGGUAAGUAACUCCCAUCGUUUUUAAAUUAGUAUAUUUAUUAAUCUUAAGCUUCUUCUUACUAACGCUGUGUUUGUAUCUGACGAUUCUUUGUUUGUGAAGACAGAAGAACCACUGCCAACUAUGUUUGCUUCGGUUUUCUUUCAGUUUUUUCAUUAUGAGAUUGUGAAUACUUAAAAAAUGGAAUAAUAUGUAUGAACUAAUUUUAUUUACAAAAAAAUUGUGAUUAAAGUGUUAUUCAAACUCUAAAUUAAAUUUCAAAAUCAGAUUAAGUAAAAUGUUAUAUAAAUUUCUUUAAAAUAUAAUUUUUUUUAUAUUAGAUAUUAGAGGUUGAUUUUUAGAUCAAAUAUUACAUUAUAUAUGAUCAUGCAUGGUUAAUGAAUAUUUGCAUCACCAUUACCACAAAUCUCCACUACCACAAAGUCGACAACUAUGGACAAAGAGGUGGAACUUUAAUAGAAAGCAAAGUAGAGUUCAAUAAGCACACACAAGCUCUUGUUUCUAUUGUAAAACUUGAAAACCUUAAUCUGAAUACUCAAGAACACAUAGAGAGAUAAAGGUGGAGAAAAAUGUAUAUGGAUCACACGUUCUCA